AUGGUUUUAUCAUCACAUGAAGACGCCACAAAAGCCUCGGAACAGCUGCAAAAUUAUAUACACAAAUUAGAGGAGUGGACUCACAAAUGGAAAAUCACUAUUAACUCAACUAAGUCAGCCCACAUCACCUUUACCAAAAGAAAAGGAGAUUGCCCAAAUAUAAAAAUCAACAAUGUUGAAAUUCCAAAAAGCAACUCUGUAAAAUACUUAGGACUUCACCUCGACAGAGGGCUCACAUGGAGCACCCACAUCAAGACAAAGCGUAAGCAAAUAGACAAGAAAUUUCGCGAACUUUACUGGUUAAUUGGAAGAAGAUCCAAGAUAAAUAGUCUAACAAGUUGCAAGUUACAUUUGGUAGACUUGGCAGGAUCUGAAAGAGCAAAUAAAACAAAAGCAACUGGUAAUCGCUUCCGAGAAAGUGUAAAAAUUAAUAAAGGAUUGUUAGCUCUGGGUAAUGUCAUAUCAAGAUUGGGCGAGGGCUGUACGGGUUUCAUAGGUUAUCGUGACAGCAAAUUAACAAGACUACUUCAAGAUCUACACCUGCUCAAACGAUUUUUGAAAAAAUUUCAGAUGGCUGAUUCUGCUGUUAGUGUACAGGUGGCUUUAAGGAUAAGGCCUUUAGUCAAAUCCGAAAUUUCUAAAGGAUAUGUUAAAUGCCUCGAAACAGUGCCAAAUAAACCUCAAGUUUUAAUAAAAAAUCUUUCUUUUACUUACAACCAUGUAUUUCCACCAGAAGUUUCGCAAGCUGAAUUUUAUGACACUGCUGUUAAGGGUUUAGUUGAUGGAUUGUUUAAGGGCUACAAUGUGACAAUAUUAGCUUAUGGUCAGACUGGCUCCGGAAAAACUCAUUCCAUGGGCAUGGCUUAUUCAGUUGGACCAGUCGAGGAGAUGGGUGUUAUACCAAGAGCAGUAUCAUUUAUGGAAUUAUAUCAAGAACAAUUAUUUGAUCUUUUAUCAAAAUCAAAUAGAGAUCAAAGUAUAGUUGAUAUCAGAGAAGAUCAACAAAAAAGAAUUGUAAUUCCUGGAUUAACCGAAAUUGAAGUACGUAAUGCAAAUGAUACAUUAGAUUGUUUAGAAGUUUAG